AUGGCUCUGUCUGCGCACUGUUUGAAGAGUCUUGUGAAGGGGAUGCACACGAACAUGUCCUUGUGCACUCCCUGGCCUUGCGUAUUCGGAGCACAGUGGUACUGUGUCAGCGACUUCAAAGGACAGUCGCGGCUGGCCUCCGCAGGUAUACCGUCUAUCACAGGUGUAGGUGGUGCCAUCCCUAUGUAG